AUGGAAAUAGAACGGUCACGUGCAGACGAGACUGACCGCGUGGAAAACCUGUACCGGACAACCGAGAGGAGAAGAAGGAGAAGGAGGAGAAGAAGGAGGAGAAGGAGAAAAAAGAGGAGGAGGAGAAGAAGGAGGAGAAGGAGAAGAAGGAGGAGAAGGAGAAAAGAGAGGAGAAGGAGAAGAAGGAGGAGAAGAAGAAAAAGCAGGAGUAGGGGAAGGAUUUUUUUUUCAGCUUUAUUUACAGUGGGCUUAAAGCAAACAAGCAGAAAAAGGAGAAGGGGGAGAAGAAAAGAAGGGGAAAAGAAGAAGGAGAAGCACCAGAAGGAGCAGAAGAAAAAGGAGGAGGAGAAAGAGAAAAAGGCCGAAGGAAGAGAAAACACCUGCGGGAAAGAUGCCUCCUUCCGGACCGCCCCCCCCCCUCCGAGGGACCUGCUGUUUGGAGACCUGCCUGCGCCGGACCUGUUUGCCCUGGACCCGCCUGAGCUGGACUAUCCUCUGGAUGUCGUCUUCGUGGAAGAGGCGGGUGGUUAUCUCUUUAUUUGGUGGGAGGAAGACGAGGGCUCCAUUUCUUCUGACAGAGAGCAUGGUGACCCCGACUUCAUCUUUUCAGAUGAAGACGAGGGCUCCAUCUCUUCUGACAGAGAGCAUGGUGACCCCGACUUCUUCUCUUCAGAUGAAGACGAGAGCUCCGCCUCUUCUGACGGAGAGGAUGGAGACCCCGACUUCAUCCCUUCGGAUGAAGACGAGGGCUCCACCUCUUCUGAUGAAGACGGAGACAUCCCUGUUUCAGGCUCUUCAGACGAAGGCGAAGACUCCCUCUCCGGUUCUUCAGAUGAGGACGAUGCCUUCUCAGUGUUCUGUUCUUCAUCUGAAGGCGAAGGCUCCUCGGCCUUCAGCUCUUCAGAUGAUGACAGAGCCUUUUUUGGCAUCAGUUCCUCAGAUGAAGACGAUGGCCACAUCACUGUCUCUCUGGGUGCUGAUGAGGUCGAUGAAGGCGAUGAUGUUGGGAGUGUGAAAUCAUCGCCUGAGUCCUCAAGCAGCAUCGAGGAUCCCACCUCCUCCUCUUCUGGUACUAGCGUUUCCAGUAAGAGGAGCAGGGAGGACAGUGAUGAGGACUGGACCCCCAGUCCAAGGCCAGGGAAACGCUGGAAGGAGUAAUCUUCUUCGUCUGACUGGAUGGUGGAAGACAUCCAGUCAGAUGAUGAGGAGUCUUCUGAAGAAGAGUCCUGAACAGAGGAGGACAGCUCAGUCGACAUGGAUGGCUACGAGACCGAUGACAAUCAUGAUGAUGAGGAGUCGUCAGAUGAAACUUCUGCUUCUUGUGACUGCACGUCACCUGAGGAAGAAGUUUAAGAUGGCAACAACCUCAUCAUCAUGGAUUGUUUUGAGGCCGAUGUAGACCAUCCUGUCGAUGAAGAAGACAUCACUGUUAUCACUGAGGACGAACAUGACGAACCUAACGAAUAGGAUGUCCUCAGUGAUAACGAAGGUGCCGACAUUCCUCCCCCUCCUCUGACAUCGAGAAGAUGGAGAACAAGAUAAAGAUGUAGUUGAUUAAUGUAAUGU